AUCAGUUCCAGUGUUUUGCUGGGCCCGGCGUUGGAUCUAUUGUGAAUACAUUUACUUUAAGAAAAUAAGAGAGAUUGAGAGAGCGUACCAGGUUUAUGGCCUGUUUUCUCUCUCUCGGUUACUACAUACUUAUAACAGUCUAAAAAACACCCUGAGUGAAUCCUAACCCUGGUUUCCAGGAUGUUAUGUUCAUUCGUAGUUCUGUACUUGUUAAUAGUGCUACCAGAGCCAGGACUUGGUAAACAACCAAACAUUCUCUUCAUCCUAGCUGAUGAUUUUGGUUAUAAUGAUGUUUCUUGGAACAAUGAGGAUGUAUUUACUCCGAACCUAGAGAAACUUGGAAGAGAGGGAGUUAUACUUGAUACAUACUACGCUUCAACCAGAUGUUCUCCGUCUCGAGGUGCCCUCCUAACUGGACUUUAUCCACACAGACUUGGAAUUCAAAGAGGAAAUAUUGGCACAUUCCGUCCUACAGGUUUAGUAACGGAUUUCAAAACCUUUCCAGAAAUUCUACAGGCUGCAGGAUAUACUACACAUCUUGUUGGAAGAUGGCAUCUAGGAUACUGCCAUCCUUCCUACCUACCCACCAGGAGAGGGUUUACAACAUUCUUCGGACAGUUCAGUCAACAGACUGAUCACUACUCCAGGAUAUACCUGGAGAAUGAAGAGAUCGGUGAAGGAUACGAUCUAAGAAGAGGAGAAAAUAUUUCAUAUGAAGGUGCAGGAAAGUACAGUACACACUUGUGGAGAGAUGAGGCUCAAAGUUUAAUAGAAGGAUGGAACAGUUCGAAUUCAACUCCUUGGUUUCUCCAGGUGUCCUUUACAGCAGCCGGAGCUCCGUACCAGGUUCCUGAAUCCUAUGUCAAACGUUACAAAAAGAGGAGGUUUAGGAACCUUUCCGAGGAAGAUACUAUAAGAUACGGAAUGAUAUCUGCGGUGGAUUCAGCUGUCGGAGAUAUUGUGAAAACUCUGAAGCAGAGAAACAUGUUCGAAAACACAGUUCUGGUUUUCUCCUCAGAUAACGGAGUAGGUGGAGAUGUAGGAAACCUGCCCUUUCGAGGAUCUAGAGGUACCUUGUGGGAGGGAGGAGUAAGGGUACCCGCCUUAGUCUCCAGUCCUUUGUUGAACCUGGAUGAAGGCUACACUACCCGGAGCAUGGUUCACAUUACAGACUGGUUUCCAACUCUUCUAAAGUUGGCUGGAGUUAGUUCAGAUGUUCAGACGGACGGGUUCAAUAUCUGGGAAGCUCUGCAGCAGAGAGAAGAAUUUUCUAGAAAUUCUCUAGUUUACUCCUUGGAUCAGGAUGAUAAGAGCGGACACCUGCAGCAUGGUAUCCGGGAGAAAAAUAUAAAGUUUGUUUGGGGGAAUCCAGACAAGUUUGAGGUUAACAAGAGAUUCAAGAAAGAUGUGUAUCAUCUAUUCGACCUGGAGAAGGAUCCAACUGAAACUGAGAACCUAGCUUCCCAGUAUCCGGAGCUGGUGGAGAAGAUGAAGGAGAAAGUUAAAACCCUGGUCAAAGAUGUAAAACCUGCUUUCCAGCCUAACAGAUACAGUUUGGGCUAUCCUAAAUAUCAUGAUGGAGUAAUAAGCACUGGGUGGUGUGAAACAGACUGGUGGAAAAUUCUUUGGAGAAGCUUAAAUUGAAGCCUGGUGUACAAAUAUAUAGAUUGAAGCCUGGUGGACAAGUAAAUAGAAAAAAUUGAAGCCUGGUGUACAA